GCGAACAGUCGACUGAAAUCAAGGCAACACAUCUAGCGGUGAAAAUACCAACUGCUCAGGUAUUGGCGACAGCCACGAUGCUUAAUGAAGAGGAGAUUAUUGCCUUGGUGUCCGAGGGAACCCCCCUUGGCGAGGGUUACUUUGGCAAGGCCUUCAGGAUACGCCACUAGGGCAAGGACGCCGUGGUGAAGAUGGCUAAGGCAAGGAAGCGCGCCCAGCUAUUCCAGAAGGAGGCGCAGGUGUUACUAGAUCUGAACGGCCUCGGAGGGGCGCCCCGAGUUCUGACCGUGUGCAGUGACUACCCUGGAUUCCUGAUGGAAUUCUGCGCGGGGAACACCCUGUAGGCCAUGCUCGUGGGCGCGGCCCCCGUCAGCAUCAUCCUGCGGGGGAUCCAUGACCUGGCGCUGAAGCUCCAGGAGAUCCACCAUGCGGGCUACGCCCACAACGACCUCAAGUCGGACAACGUGAUCCUGGAAGCGAGUGCCGACGGCCUCCACGUCCGGGCGCGAGUGAUCGACCUCGGCCUGUGCACGCGGCUCGGCGAGUGCCCCGGCUUCCAAGGAAAACCCGAGGCCCAUCGCCAUCUCGCCCCAGAACUCCUCGAGAUGGGCGUGGCCACCGUCAAGUCGGAGCUGUUCUCCCUCGGAUUUAUCCUGUGCAUGGCCCUUCGGAGGUAUGCCAGCUCCUUCCCCGAGGACUUCGAGCUGCUCCACCUGGCGCGAGCCAUGACAUGCCCCGACCCCCACUGGCGCCCGCCCUUCCAGAUGUGCCUCGAAAUCCUUGCCGACAACCUCGAUAUCCCACGGCAGGAGUGACGUCCGGCGCCCGGGGAAGUAGGCCGGCUCAGCGAACGAUUUUUUUCCUUUUGGCAUCUCCCUUGUCCCGGCGAUGAAUGUCUUUGAGGAAGUUUGUUUCGUCUUUAUUGUAGUGCCCAGAACAAAGAAAAAAAAAAAAAA